AUGGGGAAAAUUAAUUUUUAUUAUAAAUUUAUGGAAGAUGCCUGCAAACUCCUGGAACCACUUCAUAACUUAUUAAGGAAAAAUGUCAAAUUCAUCUGCAAUGAAGAAUGUGAGAAAUCAUUUCAGAGGAUCAAGGAACAUCUCUGUUCAAGUCCGGCCCUAGCAACAUAUGAGCAAAACAAAGAAAUAUUCAUUUAUACAGAUGCAAAUGGUGAUGGUUUAGGAGCCGUUUUAAAACAACCCCAAGAUAACGAAAUGUUUAUGAGAUCAGGAAAGAAACAUCAUGCCAAGUAUAGUACAUGUAUUGGAGAUGGAGAUAGCGAAACGCAUAAAGACAUACGAAGACAUUGUUGUUUAAAAGAAAGAAUAUGUUGGUCAUGUAUAGAAACGAAUAGGCACAAGGCUAAAGGACGCCAAAUAAUGUUAAAUAAACUGUUUUCGGAUAAUUACAAUAGCGUUUUCACAAAAAGUGGAAUUUCUAACUUGAGAAGGACAGACACAAUAAUUCAUAAAUGUCCUGGGAAUAGCGAAGAGUAUAAUCCAUGCAUGUUUUAA